AUGUCUCCGACCACUCGACACAAGUCCCAAAACAGGUCCACACGCAUACAAGAGAAACUUGAUGAGGCUCUCGAACAGUUCCGCAGCUGGGUACCUGCGUGUGGUCUUUCUGAAGAGGUCAGAAUUAAGAAGAUAUGGGAUCGACUACGAGCCUUGCAUUACCAAGCCAAGCGGAAAGACCACAAUAUGGAAGCUUUCCCGUACUGGAUGCUCCGCCGAUUGCCUGAGAGAACCAUCAUACUAGCAGCUAAUGAGGCAUUCAAAAUGGAUCUCUCAAGAAUCAGGGUAUUGCAAACCAAACUGCCACUUCGUUUCGAAGUGCCUGAGUGGCACUUUGUUCUAUUUUUUGGUGAUCUAUCACAGCCAGAUAUCAAGGUCAUAAGGGCCAUUAGGGUGGCUCGCCCUAAACUUUCGUUCCUUGGCCUCUGGCAUGAGGUCCAGGCGCAUCGGCAGAGGCGCCUGAAACGGAAAAUACCCUUAAAAGGGAAGCGUUUGCAUCCGUGGCAGUUUGCAUUGGGAGAUUUCAAAGCCUGCUUAAAAUCAAACAUUAGUCAAUCGGUGAGCGGCUCUGAUCAUGAUGAGAGUGGCUCUGGGGAAGAGAAUGACUCCGAGGGGGGAAAUUGUCACGAGAUAGAGAUGGACGAUUCCGACCACGACAAUAACAGCGAUGAUGGCAGUUUUCGCUAUGAAGAUGAUUCCGGGAGCGAAAGUCGUCACGAGACGGACGGCUCCGAUAGCGACGAUGACGGCGGUGGUGACGGCGGUGGUGACGGCCUUGGUAAUGGAGCACGAGACGAGCUUGAUGGAGAGGAUACUCCGGAAAGCGCUGUUCUCAACACUUCGGAAUUAGUCGUCGGCUAUGGCGAAGGCAGCCUGCCGGUAGAGAGCGAGGGGGCUGCUCUUGCGGAAACGGAAGUUGACACGCGGUCUCACACAAUCGUCUGCCGGCCUCGUCGAACUCCCUCUGUCACUAUAUCAAAUCACUCAGACAUAGAGGAUGAGGCCCUGUCACCGAGCGGGCAAGUGGGCUUAGGUUCUGGGGAGGUGUUGGCGUCCGAGUCAGCCAGAACCUCGGGACACCCUCAGUUAGGCGAGUCGGGUGUUUCCAGCCCCUGGCUGAGUUCGCACUCACGACUUAGCAAACACAUCAGUUCCUUCAAUGACCAGUACUCCUCGGCAAAACAAUAUUUUCAGUUGAAGAAAAAGGAACUUCAAGACGCCAAGAUCGCAUUCGAGGCUGACCAAGUAACACUCCAGUCAUCCUGGCAGCGGCUUCAGACUGCUCGAGAGUCAGUCAAGUUGGUAGACAGGGACGCUGAGUCGAAAAUGAAGAACCUCUCUAGGGAGUUACGCCGUGAGGUCCUCGCCACCUACACAGAAGGGGAAGCCGACUUCAUCAGCCUGCUAAACAGCGGUGCCAUAGAUCCAGAGGUAGAAGAGCAUAUUCGACAGGACUUCAAUCGCAUGGGUCAGUUGAUGGAUAAAACGAGCCGGCGCAAAAGACGAGGCAAUGGGUCUGCUGAGGUGCUGGAUGAUGCCAAAAAGAGGGUGAAGGUUGAAGAGGUUGUGGUUGAGGUUGAUGUUUGA